GAUGCGGUCACGGAAACACUGAAUGCACCUUGUUCCGUUGCCUACUUAUUGAACGUUCACACCAAAGAGUUUUGAAGGUGGUCGAAGUACUGCUGGAUAGCGAUUUGGUGUUUUUCGUGCGUUAUUAUUGCGACAUGGCUUGUCUUGCUUGGCUCGAAGCUCAGCUGGCGGCUAAGAGGAAUGAAGUGCCUGAGAUCCUCUUUGAUCCCGGAAAUUUGCGGUUUUACCGCAGACUCCAACUGCUGGGAGAAGGAGGCUUUGCCAAAUGCUUCCAAAUGAUGGACAUUUUAAGCGGGGAGAUCUUUGCGGUGAAAGUUAUCCCCAUAAAGCACUCCGCUGGAAUUAAAGAGAGUCUCAGAGAAGUGGAGAUUCUGAAGACGCUGCAACACCAGCACAUCGUCAACUUCUCCCAUCAUCUUGAAGAUGACAGAUUCCUGUACAUCUUCAUGGAGCUGUGCAGUAGGGGGUCGAUGCUCGACGUCCUACAAGCGCGACAGCUUCUGAGGACCCCUGAAGUGCGGUACUACAUGAGACAGCUCAUUGGCGCACUAAAGUACAUGCAUGGAGAAGGCAUUCUCCACAGGGACCUCAAGUUAGAGAAUUUAUUACUAACAGAGAAAAUGGAGCUGAAACUGGCCGACUUUGGACUGGCAACGAAGCUGCAGCCAAUGGAGUCGAGGCAGAAAUUCUUUUGUGGCACAAGAGAAUACGCGGCUCCUGAAGUGUGGCAGAUGGAGGGACACGGCCCAGAGUCGGAUGUCUGGGCGCUGGGCUGUAUCAUGUAUACAAUGCUGGUUGGGGCAUACCCCUUUUAUGGCGAUACUGAGGAGAUCAGACAGAGUGUGACUCAAGCGGAGUACAUUCUACCAAAGACCCUCUCCUCAUCAGCCCGGAAACUGAUUUCUUGGAUCCUUCAGAGGAAUCCACAGGAUCGGCCCACUUUGGAUCAGAUCCUAAGUCACAAGUUCUUCACUAAGGGCUUCACUCCUGAGGAACUUCCGUCAAGUAGUUACUGCAAGGUGCCAACGUUCAGAUUGGCUAAUCGUGUGAGGAAGUUCUUUGGCAGGCUGUUGCAGCGCAUAUUUAGAAAAAAGAGAUCCAAAGACAUGGCCAGUGCUGAAUCUAAACAGGAAUUCAGCAAAGAAACCAGCAGUUAUUUGGUGUAUAGCAGGGGUGUCCAAACUUUUUUUAGUGAGGGCCACAUAAAGAAAAAUAUUCCAAGGGCUGGGCCAACUUACUAG